GGGCUCAGUUUGAAGAGGUCUGAGUGGAGGAUGGACGUGAGACCGAGCGGAGACGACCAAUUCAAACCCAGAGACUUUAGAGACUUUUAAUUCUUCAGACGAAGCGACGUGGAGGACAUCGUCUUCUGAAGCGAAGCAUCGAGCGACGCCCCCUACCUCAGCCUCAGGAUUAUGUUGGUGCAUGUUUCCCCUGAGGAUCUGAAUGUGGAUCAAAAUGCUGAAAUAUAAAGUGGACGUUUGCGUCUGGACCCUGUGGUUCACCUCCAUGCUGCUGCUGCUCCAGGAUGUGAGCGCUGUCCCUCUCUCUGAAGACCACCUAGCAUCCGUCCCAUGUAGCAUCUCCGUCUCAGACCCUGUCUCCAGUCUGGACUCCAUAUCAUUUACUGUGACCACACCUGGACAGGGCUGCUCCUUCACUGUGACGCCAUUGGACGGUGAAAUAGACGCCACCAACUGUACACGAAGAAUAAGAGGAGAGGAGGAGCUGGAGACGAAUGAGAUUGGAGGAAAAGCAAGAGGAGGAGAAGAAGAAAGUCAUGAGGAAGGGAAGGAGGAGAGAGGAACAAACUAUCUGGGAAGCAACCAGCUCGGAGUCGAGGAUGGAAGAAAAAAGGAUGCGCCAGAUGUUUUCAGCUGUGUGUUGGAUCAGCUGGAGGCCGGGAGCGUCUACGAGCUCCAGGUUCAGUCACAAAGAGGCAACGAGUCAGAAAACGUCACCAUCCACACCAGACCGUCGGCUGUUCUGGACCUGGCCUUAACCUCCAGGACCUGCAGCAGCCUGGGCCUUUCCUGGCAGGCCGGCCCCGGGAGGACGCAGCGUUUCAGGCUGCAGGUCUGGGAACGAGCCCAGAGUCCCAACGGGUCAAACGGACUCUUGAAGAACGAGACGCUGGAAAGCACAACAACACAACGCAAACUCGAUGGUCUGACGCCCGGGCGGAUGUAUGACGUUACCGUGGUGACAGAGUCUGGUAACCUGGAGAACAGCAGCAGCAUCGAGGCUCAGACAGCGCCUUCGUCUGUCUCCAACGUCACCGUCGACUUCAGCAACGCCACCAGCUUGCUGUUGUCAUGGCAACGGCCCGAGGGCGACCUGGACGAGAUCGUCUUCGUCCUCUCGUCCUCCGGCUCCCGCCUCCAGGAGACGACGCUGCCCCAGGACGCCACAGAGGUCCCCGUCCAUCAGCUGACUCCCGGCUCGUCCUAUCAGGUCACAGUGACGACCCGGAGCGGCGUCCUGAGGAACCAAUCAGAGGAGAUCACUGUCAGGACCGCUCCAUUGCCGGCGUCCCACCUCUCUUUGUCCCCUUCCUCGUCCGGGGGCCUGCUCCUCACCUGGUCUCCCCCCGGUGGCCGCUGGGAGAACUACACCCUGCUCCUGUUUGACGGCUCCCAGGAGUUAGUCAGAACCGCUCUGGACCCGGGGGCUGUGAACUACAGCUUCCCUGGGACGGGACUAACUCCUGGGACGAUGUACAGAGCUGUGCUGAGAGUGGAGAGCGGAGGAAUGACGGCUGAGAGCAGCUGUGACGGAUCCACAGCUCCCGCCCCAGUGAUGGACCUCCACAUCCGACACUCAGACGAGACCUCACUCAGCGCCAUGUGGAGCCACGCCCCCUCCGGGUCACGUGACAGCUACUUCCUCACCAUCAGCCACGAUGACGUCACCGAGGACACGAGGGAGGUGGAGCCGAACAUGAGGGAGUGCACCUUCAACGUCCUGACCCCCGGGAGACGCUACACCAUCACCGUGACGACCAGGAGCGGGACACUGAACACAUCAGUGUCCAUAGAGGGGAGGACAGUCCCGAUGGCGCUGGGCACCAUCAACCUGAGCAGCUCAGGGGUCGACAGCCUCAAGGCAUCAUGGGAAAAACCUCCAGGAGACGUGGACUCGUACACUCUGACCCUGCUGAGAGACAGUGUCCUCGUCCAGAACCACAGUGUCCCGGCUUCUUCUUCUUCUCUGCUGAUGACUGGUUUGACUCCUGGCGCCCUCUACAGCCUGCAGGCCGUCACUGUCAGCGGGGAGCUUCAGUCUAAAGUUACCAGUCUGGAGACGGGAACAGCCCCGGCCUCGGUCUCCGAGGUAACCGUCACUAACGGCAGGAGGACGGACACUCUGCGGGUGUCAUGGCGACCGGUGGAGGGCGUGGUCGACAGCUACCUGGUCCGCCUCCAGGACGGGACGAAAAUCAUCGACACGCUGGCGGUGCCUCACUCGUCGCCGCUCGAAUGCUCCUUCAGCUCGCUGGUCGCCGGCCACCUCUACUCGGUCGUCAUAGUAACGAGGAGCGGCAGCCUGGAGAACGCCACCACGGUCCAGGCCCGGACACAACCUGCCACCGUGCAAAAUCCAACAGCUGUUCACUCGGCAAGAGACGACUUCCUCAGGGUGUACUGGCGCCACGCGGCCGGAGACCUGGACCGCUACGUGGUUUUGAUCAGCUACAACAACAGCGUCCUCCAGAGCAAGAACGUCUCCGCCGGACACAACGAGUGCGUCUUCUCGUCCCUGACUCCGGGGAGGCUGUACACGGUCACCGUGGAAACCUGGAGCGGAGACUUAAUCAGCAGCAUCUCCACCAACGGACGAACCUUUCCUGCAGCUGUGCGCAAUCUGUCGCUUGGCAACGCAGGAACAGGUGAUCUGAAUGUGACCUGGAGCCCCGCCCCUGGAGACGUGGACCACUACGAGGUCACUCUGCUCUUCAACGACACUCGUGUUUUCCCUCCGGUCACGUUGGGCAGCGAAGUUCGUCAUCACCAGCUCACCUCUCUGACUCCCGGCCGCCUUUAUAAGAUUGUGGUUUCGUCGUUCAGCGGCACGAACCAGAGGGCCCAGUACAUCGAGGGACGGACAGUUCCCAGCACUGUAAGAAACCUCCGUCUGGCUCCUCCGCCCGGUGCGAUGGACUCCGCUGGUCAGCUGACGGUCUUCUGGACGCCUGGAGACGGAGACCUGGACAUGUACGCCGUGUCCCUGUCCACCGCGGACGGAGCCGUCAUCGAGACUCGCCCCGUCCCCAAACACGUCACCUCCUUGGACUUUAUCAGUCUAUGUCCUGGCAAAUCCUACGUCAUCACAGUCCAGUCACUGAGCGGGAAGCUGACCAAUAACAUCACAGCCACCGGCAGGACAGCUCCGGCCAGAGUCACGGCCCUGCAGGCCGACAACGGCCGCACCACCCACAGCCUGAGCGUGACCUGGGAGAGGCCGAUGGGCGAGUACGACGGCUUCAGGCUGCAGCUGCUGGACGAGGCCGGCGUCGUUCUGAAGAACCGGUCGGUCGCCGCCGACAGUCAAAGCGAGCGGCUGGAGGGCCUGACCUCUGGGAAGUGGUUUCAGGUGAAGCUGGUCACGCUGAGCGGCGGCGUCCCGUCGCUCGCCGUCACAGCAGAGGGUCAAACACGUCCGGCUGCAGUCAGUAACCUAACGGUCACGCGGGUCAACACCUCGUCCAUCUCCUUCUCCUGGCGUCCGUCCGACGGCCACGUCGACGCCUACAACCUGUCGCUCUUCAGAGUCACCGAGGCCACAGAGAAGCAGCAGGCUAAAGAGCAGCGGGUGGACGUCCAGGAAGUCGGCUCGACUGCAGACGGCGCCGUUUUCUCCGGCCUCACGCCAGGAUUCCUGUACCGGCUGCAGGUCGUGAGCCGGAGCCGACGGAUGAGCAGCAACUCCUCAGUGCUGGCCAGAACCGUCCCGUCUCCUGUCUCGUCCCUUCAGGUCCAGAGUUCAGGAUGGACGGACCGUCUGGUGAUCAGCUGGCAGCCGGGGGAGGGACACUACAGCGGCUACCAGGUGGUAUUGUACAAUGUCUCUGGAGCCGUCCUGGGGUCUCAGACGCUGGGGGAGGGGAGCACAGACCACGCCUUCCCCAGGCUGACGGCUGGUAGGCGGUACCGCGCUGAGGUCAUCACACACAGCGGCGAGCUGACCAAUGCCGUCGCAGCAUUUGGACGCACCUCCCCGGAGCCGCCCACCCACCUGUCCGUCAAACAGGGCCCGACCAAUGACACGAUAGAGCUGCUGUGGUCUGGCCCCGCCUCCGGAGACUUCGACAGCUUCAGCCUGGAGUGGACGCCGACGGAUCAGCUGACGGUCAGAGAGACCAGGACCACCAGCCGCAUCGUGGGCGGGAUGUUUCCAGGGCGACUGUACAACUUCACCGUGACGACCGUGAGCGGAGGAGGGGGCGGGGCCAAGGCCGCACCCACGGCCAGGAGCCAGCCAAUCCAGAGGAGCGUCAGGACAAGUCCGUCCCCCCUGAAGUCCAUCCACUGCUUCCCCCUCUCCUCGUCCUCCCUCUCCUGCUCCUGGUCGCCGCCGCUCGCCGACUUCGACUCCUACGAGGUCGAGUGCCGUCGCCACGACGACGGGGAGCUGACCUCGGCGCUGAGGCUGAUGGGGGGCGUCACCAGGGUAACGCUGGACCACCUGGAGGCCUUCAGGAAGUACCGGGUCACCGUCAGGGUGUCGUCGGCCGGACAGACGAGUCCUCCGACCACGCACGCCACCACCACCAUGAUCGACCGUCCUCCCGUCCCUCCUCCCAGCGUACGUGUCAGUGAGAGGUCAAAGGUCACAGCGUCCUCCAUCUUGUUUCGCUUCAACUGCUCCUGGUUCAGCGACGCUAACGGAGCCGUGCGAUACUUCGCCAUCAUCGUGACCGAGUCCGACGCCAAUGAGAUGCUGCAGCCGGAACAGCGCCACCCUCUGCCCUCGUACCGCGACUACAUCAGUAACUCCUCGGUCCGGGCCUACCAGACCGCCUACUUCCCCAGCCGAUGUCGUCAGGACACAGAGAGCUCAGCGGGGCAGGUGAUGGAGAUGAACCUGGGGGCGGGAGGAGACCGGCUGGGCGGAGCCUGCGACCAUUACCAUGACGACGACCUCUUCCUGAGUGACAGAUAUGGCGGCUUCUGUGACGGGCCUCUGAAAGCUAAGACGUCCUACAGGUUGAGUGUGAGAGCUUUUACCAAGUUGUUGGAUGAAAACCACAGAGAGUUUUCUGAGCCGCUCUUCACCGACACCUUCCUGUCGUCACCGCUCAGGACUCACUCAGAGCCUCUAGGUGGCGUAGUGGAGGGUCUGAGCGCCGGCAUGUUCCUCAUCGGGAUGAUGGUGGCCGUCGUCUCGCUGCUCGUCUACAGGCAGCGGCUCAGAAAAGUAGCGGUGCAGGAAAACCCGGUGGCCAGGAUGAGCAUGUGGAAAGAAGUCCCGGCUGCAGGGAUGUACAUGGGCGUCAGGAGCAACCGUCGCAUCACCAGUCCCGUCAAAGCCGCUCACUUCGAGUCCCACCUCAGUAAACUCCAGGCCGACUCCAACUACCUGCUCUCUGAGGAGUUUGAGGACUUGAAGGACGUGGGACGCAACCAGACGAUGGACGUGGCCCGAGUCCCAGAGAACCGAGGGAAGAACCGAUACAACAACAUCCUCCCAUAUGAUUCCACCAGAGUCAAGCUGUCGUACCUGGAGGACGACCCCUGCUCCGACUACAUCAACGCCAGCUACGUCCCUGGUAACAACUUCAGGAGGGAGUACAUCGCCACCCAGGGGCCGCUGCCCGGCACCAAGGACGACUUCUGGAGGAUGGUCUGGGAGCAUGGCGUCCACAACGUCGUCAUGGUGACGCAGUGUGUGGAGAAAGGACGGGUGAAGUGUGACCAGUACUGGCCUCCAGACAGAGAACCGCUCUACUACGGAGACCUGGUCCUGCAGAUGAUGUCAGAGUCCGUCCUCCCGGAGUGGACCAUCAGAGAGUUCAGGAUCACCUCGGAGAGCAGCCGUUCUUACCCCCGGGUCUUGCGUCACUUCCAUUACACCGUGUGGCCGGACCACGGGGUCCCAGAAAGCUCCCAGUCCCUGAUCCAGUUCGUCAGGACCGUGCGGGACUACGUGGACCGGUCUCCGAGUACGGGGGCCACGGUGGUCCACUGCAGUGCUGGAGUGGGACGUACGGGGACCUUCAUCGCGCUGGACCGGGUCCUGCAGCAGCUGGACUCUAAAGGAACCAUCGACCUGUACGGCUGCGUCUUCGACCUCCGCCUGCACCGCCAGCACAUGGUCCAGACCGAGUGCCAGUACUCGUUCCUCCAUCAGUGCGUCCGAGACGUCCUCAGAGCCAGGAAACACCUCAGAGAGCAGGAGAACCCGCUGUACCCCAUCUACGAGAACUUCAGCCCCAGAGAGUUCGGCUCAGAUUUCAUCUUCCCCGGACGUUGAACCGACUCCAGAUCUUCAUCCUGAUUUAGAGCCAAUGAAAAUCUGACUCGUCCUCCAACGUCGUCGUUUUCUUUCUGGACACAAACAGACAGACGCUAGUUAGCAUUAGCCACGUACAGUAGCAUCCAACACUUCCAACGCAGCGAGCUAAUAAAGCUAAACUACAGACUGAGAAGGUGAAUAAAUGGAUCAAAUAUAAACCACAUUUCCGUUAUAAAUGACUCUAUUUUUCUAGCCUCCACUGUCACUGCUCAUAUUAAACUGUUUAUUUAAAACCUUCCACAUAUGCUGUAUGUAAAUAUUGAUGUAAUACUCUUUAUAUAUAUAUAUGAAUAUAUGAAUAUAAAUAUCAACACGUUUCAUGCUGGUGACAUUUCAGUUUUAUAAUAAACAUUUAAACUUUCACAGCUUUAAAAUCUGAGUAUUUACCUGAUGUUUGUUUCUGUUUAAUCACGUUUCAUUGGUUUAUUAAUUAUCAGCUGAUUGAUGAAUGAGUCUUUUUGCCCCGACACAUAAAAACUGUUGAAUUAUUUAAUUUGUGAUAUUGUGAAAUAUUCAGGAAUAUAUUUUUAGAUUUGUGACUCGUUUCUACCCCAAAGUUUUAAUAAAAACUCAAUAAACCACA